AUAUCCCAGUAAACAAAAAUUUCUAAACAAAACAGUUAAAAAAUAAUUAUUUCCGUGAAUUUUGAUUUGUUUUACUAUUUUUAUCAAUAACUAUACAAUUUUAAGUGCUCUCAGUGAAUUGCUAUUAACCGGAACAGCUGCCAAAUGGAAAACAUCCUGGAACCGAGCAGCUCCGACGACAACAUGCCGUCCGACAAUGGCAAAAAAGAUCUCCAUUCGCUACUCUCCUCGGAGGACGAUUUCUUUGAUGGUCCUCCGCCCAGCUCGUCGAUCAAAAUCGAACCGACCCAGCUGCAGGAGGAAGUCAUCGUCCGCACUACCACCAGCAGCAUCGGUUCGUCGUACUCGCUCAAAACGGACGAGUUCGAGGACAUUAUCUUUCCGGAAAUUGGACGCGAAAGUGUCGGCAAUGGGAGCAGUUCUUCGGCCGUGCCCUUGCUCGGCAGCAAGGAGCAGAAGGAUCUCGAGCGAGCCAAGCGGAAAGAGAUGAAAAGCAAGAAGAUUAUGGAGGAAGAGGAGCUGGAGAAGAUGCAAGUGCUGGUAUCCAACUUCACCGAAGAGCAACUGGACCGGUACGAGAUGUAUCGGCGGGCGGCUUUUCCCAAGGCGGCAGUCAAGCGACUAAUGCAAACCAUCACCGGCUGUUCGGUUUCGCAGAAUGUUGUUAUUGCGAUGUCCGGCAUAGCGAAGGUGUUCGUUGGCGAGGUGGUGGAGGAAGCGCUGGAUGUGAUGGAGCACACAGGGGAAACGGGCGCCAUCCAGCCCAAGUACCUGCGGGAGGCGGUCAGGCGGUUACGGGCCCGCGGUCAAAUUCCGAGCGGCCGGGGGCACAAGCAGUUUUUCAAGAUGAACUGAGCAGGGUGUUUUGUCCAUUAAGGUAAGUUUGCGGGGGAUGGGUGGUCAGACGAAGCCUCAUUAUGCUAAGUAGAUAUAUAAUUUAAUAAAGAUUCGAUUGAAACCUCAUAGAUAGAA